UGAGUUAAGACGUCAUCUCUAUGCGCUUCCCAUAUAAUAAGUAUUUCAGCGCGAUAAUUCAUCAUUUGAUCUGGUUUCAGAGAAAGUUAUUUGAUGAUUUUGCCUAUCUUGCAUCUUACUGUGUAGAUAUCCAGAAAAAAUGUCUGUCCACUAUAAAUUUAAGUCAGCUCUUGAGUAUUCAACUCUGCCAGUUGAUGGAGUCAACAUCAGUGUUGAGGACCUCAAGGAGGCAAUAAUUGAACAGAAGAAACUCUCCAGAUCACAACCUUUUGACCUCAUCAUCACUAAUGCUGAGACUAAUCAAGAAUACAAGGAUGAGAAGGCCCUCAUUCCCAAGAAUUCUUCUCUGCUGGUCGCUCGAGUUCCCAUCGACCCAGCACAGCUGAAGCGGCCAUGGAACAACCACCUGAAGGAGUCAACAGAGAUCCUGCUGGCAAACCCUGCGAACCUCAUGAAUACCGAAGAUUCUGCUGAAGCUAUCCGCCUUAGCAGAUUAGCAAUGCAGGUGACGGAUCUGACAAAAAUGGCUGGCACGGAGCAGGACCGUAUUAAUGCCAUGAUGGCACAGUCCACUCUGGACUAUCAUCCCUCGCGUUACGUCAAACUCCGCAACAGCAGAAUGAGCGGCAAAGUUCCUGUGAGCUACACGUGCUUCAAGUGCUCCAAGGGUGGACAUUGGGUCGCUAACUGUCCUCUCAGUAAUCAUGAUUUGCGCAAGAGCUACGGUAUUCCCAGCGAUCAGCUUAUCAGAGUGAAUGAUCCCAACAUUCCUGGCGUGAUGAUCACAGCUCGUGGCAACUUGGUCAUCUAUAAAAAUAAUCCUGAGGCUAUCACGCCACAAGUACACGAAAAAGAGCCCGAACGUCUGCCUAUACCUGAAGAUCUCAAGUGCAGUCUGUGCGAGGAACUACUCAAAGAUGCUGUGCUCGUACCUUGCUGUGCGCUCAAGUUUUGCGAUGAAUGUAUACGGAAUCAUCUUAUCGAGUCAGACGAUAACCAGUGCCCCAAAUGCCUAGAGAGCGAUGUCAGCAUUGGUAACCUCAUCCCCAAUCGUUAUCUUCGGAAGAAAGUAGCCGAAUUCGACAAACUUACGAACGGCAACUAUAUUAGAUCAUACGAAAAACUAUAUCUGAGUCCACCUGCAUCUGUAACACCUCUACCUCCACACCUCAGGUCUUCCCAACAGCCUACUCCUCGUGAUAGUCCCGUUAAUAAAGACGAAAAAGAAGACAAGAAUAAAACUCCCAUUGCAGUUACUGAACAGACUAAUGGAAAAGACGCAAUUAGGAGUAGAGAUAGCCCCAAGACAGAUCGAGAAAAUGGCGCUAUGGAUUCAGGUAAUAAGGCUCCCAGAUAUACAGAGAGUGUCCGACUACCAUCCCAGACAGUCAGCUCCAAGUCUGAGGCCAUUGACACAAAACCUGUCGAGCUUUACCGCGAGCUCCUCAAGGAUGUUGAGGAACAUGAAAGAGAGGUUGCAAGCAAACGAAAUUCUCCCAAGGUCCCCUCACAUAGUGACAUCGAUAGCGAGAAAGGCGAGAAAGUCAAAAAGAAUAGGAAAAAGAAAGAAAAGAAGAAAAAGAACGGUAAAGAUAAAGAGAAGAAAAAAGAUAAACAUAAACGGUCUAAAAAUCACAAAAAAGAUGAUUCUUCUGCAAUGUCGGAUAAUUUCCUUGGCACUCAAGUAGAUAGCAACACAGAUGCUUCUCCUGCAACUGGAAGAAGGAAACGUAGCCGAAGUUCCGAAAGCGCCAGCAGCGCUAGCCCGCGGCCUGACAAGAAGAGGAAUGAUAGCACGUCUGACCUCUUCAACGUUGCUCUGAACGUGCCAGUGAACCAGAACCUGGCUCCUUCAUAUGCCUACCCCGGCUCAGAUGCUCUCUAUCCUCCCAUGGCUCACAUUCCUAAUUUCAACGUACCUCCUCCCGGCUACGGGAUGCUCCCCCAGCAACCUCUAGCGCCAUGGUUGCCUGCCCCUGAUCAAGUAAUCGAUGAUCCCCUUGCUGCCUUCGAGCGGCAUCUCAAGGAGCAGGACGAACGUAAAAGGCGGGAGCAAAUGCGCAGAAACAGAUCGCCCUCUUAUGGCCGUCAUCGCAACUGGUCCCGCUCGAGAACAAGGUCUCCGUCUGAUAGACUCCUGCGCAGCUUCAGCAGGAGCCCUCGCUCCCGACGAUAUCGUUGGUCCAGAAGCCGCUCACCGUACAGCCCUCGUCGCCAUCACAGCCCCUCGUCGCAUCGUCGCGGUCUCAAUUCACCGCCGUCAUUACGUCGUGGUGGGAAUUCCUCGCCAUCCCUUCGACGCGGCAUGAAUUCCCCACCGUCAUUGAGACGAGGCAUGAACUCUCCACCGUCAUUGAGACGAGGCAUGAACUCUCCGCUGCGCCGCCGUUUCUCUCCUGGAGGUCGCCGGUCUUCACCUGGCCAUCAGAAGCCGGGGGCUACGCCCGAGGCACGCCAUCGCGACCGGCUGAGGACGCAAUCCCGCAGCAGGUCGCCCAGCGUGCGCGGCAAGUACGGCUCGAUGUUCUCACCGUCUCGGUCACACCUCAUGCCUCCUCAUCACCGCGCCAUGCAUCAGGCCCGCGGCUCUCCGCAUCACGGCUCCCCGUCCUUCAGGCCGCCCGUGGACGACGUGCCUCCUGAGGCGUAUAUGCAAAGGCCCCGCGACCGCCCUGAUCCUGCUUUGGACAGGAGAGAUCUACGCGCGACUAUUAAAGACCGUCUGGCAUUUGAGCCUGACGAUCCGCGCUGGAAUGAACGACCAGGUGAAGUUCCGCCGAGAGGAGCGCCCCCUGGUUCAGCCUACCGACAGCGUGGGGAUCAUCCUUCUAAUUUUGAUGAACCAUCACCUCGAUCAGUUUCAGCCCGUCGUCUGUCGCCUCAUUCUACUCCCCCUACAAACACUAGGAACGUGCACCAGUCACGCUCUCCGAAAGAACGCAUUAGUGCUAGCCAGUUCGAAUCGAAGAAUCACCAAGGCCGAAAGUCUCCUGCGUCGCCUUCCAGAAGGAGUCCUCGCGAUCGUCAGCACCGCGAUACGUCUCGGUCUACGCAUCGUGGUCGGUAUGGCGAAGAUGGGUCACGUGGCCGACGGUAUAGUCCGAGUCGAGAUGAUACUCGUACUUAUUCUGAACAUACCGUUGUUAAAGGGUCACCCAAAAUAAAAAAUGACAUGAGCGAUAAAAUGAAAAUAUCUAAUGAGCAGUUGAUAGACGAAUCAUUCGAUCGGAAGCACCCAAAUCCAAGAUACGCUCAUAGACGAGGCCGUAGCUCUGAGAAGCGAACACGAAGCAGGAGUAGAGAUAGGAAAGCUCACCACUCUCUGGCAAAAGACAACAGAAACCACCGAAAUUAUGCGCGUGAUGAGUCUGAUCGUAAGCCUGAGUACCGUGUUAACAAUGGUUCAAUUCCGAACAAAUUGGAGAAAGAGAAAGGAGAUGCUUCAACCGCUCGUCGCGGCCUCGGAACUCCUGAAAAUAGCGUCAUCAGAAGUGACAAAUCCGGCUCAAAUCAACGGGAGCCAUCUCGUGCUGAUGAUAAAAUCAGGCUUGACGAUAAGAAGCACGAUAGCAAACAGAAGCCGGUUGAUAAGUAUAGAUCAGACGAGAGGCAUAGAAAUGACGAAAAAGGCAAAUCGGAAAAACGGUUCAAAGUUGACGACAGCCGUAAGUCAGAUCAACAUCAACAAAAGAUUGAGGAGACGCAGCGGUCUGACGAACGACCCAAACCUUAUGAUGUGCCUCAGGCAAACGUUAAAUCAAAAUCAGAUAAACCAAAUGAAUCAGACGUCCAGAAACUGGAUGACAUGUACAAAACCGAGAAAGAUUCCAAGAAACGUGACAAAAAGAAGAAGAAAAAAGAAAAGAAAGAGCGUAGAUCAUCGCAGCACUCGGAAGGCUCCCAGAAUGACACAGCUGAUGAUGAGCCUAAGAAAAAGAAGAAGAAGCACCACGAGAAGAAAGAAAAGGAGUCAGAAAAAGAUCCAAAUCCAACUGCUUCAGAAAUGAAGGAAGUUCAAAUCACAGUUGAGAAUCCAUUAGAAUUGAAUCCCGAUGAGAAUCCAGUUUCUUCUGUGAAUUUAGCCUCUUUUUCGCCUAGUCUUCUUCCAGCACCGUCUAAGUGGGAGCGGGACGAUGAAAUGUCAGAUAUUAUAAACUCGGGUGAAUCCAUUAAAGAUGAACAAAAUUCGAAACCAAUGGUUACGAGCGAGGUGCUUCGAAAAGCCGAAAGUGCCUUGUUGCAUGGAAGGGGUGUGCUAGGACGAGUGUUACUGCCGCGAAAAGCUUUUGUCGAGAUGGAGCGUGCAAAGCUGUUGGACGAGGAGAGAGAGAAGUCAGAUGCAGUCGAUUUUCCUUUCGAGAAGCUUGGCCGUGAAGCCAAGGCAAAAGGGCCGUCUAUCCAAAUAACUAUAUCGUCAAAAAGUGAAAGCGAUAUCUGGCAAAAACGACCAUCGAGCUCAAUGAGCAAUGUUUCUGAUCAGAAAGUAUCAGAACAGCUAACCUACAAAGAAAACGAUUUAAACGAACCGACCCACGAUAUCGCUUCGCAGUUGAGACCUGAUUCUCGUAAGUCGGAUCAGUUUGAGGAUAGUAAGAAAUCCUCGCUCUCUAAUUCUCAAGAUGUUUCUAGUCCCCCUUCGGAAGUUAUUUCUAAGACCACGACCGCUGAAAGCGAUGCUAAAGACGUGCUUGGCUCAAAAACAGAUCCUGUAGAUGAAUUUUCACAUAAAUUUCGCGACGAUCGUGCAAAAUUUGAGCAAUCGAUUGCCAAUAAAUAUGAAGUUUCUUCUAUAACACUCAAGUUGGAAGAACUACGUCAAUCUUCCGAACAGUUGCUUAGGCAAGGAGAUUCUGUUCUCAAAAAUCUUCAACCAAAUGACUUUAAAAUCCAGAACGAAGCUUCCGUUGGUAACGACAGUGGUUCUUCAUGUACUGAUCCCACCAUCACUUCAAUUGCGGAUCCAAUGGAACAGAAAGUAGAAACACCCAGCUCUGUUCCUAGCAGUGAACAAAUUGACGAAUCGUCAACUAAAACAUCUAAAGACUCCAUUGAAUAUUUUGGUAAUUCAACGAACGACAAAUUCGAUUCAUCGCAGGAUAUUUUCACUAGGAGGACAAAUUCAGACCCUUCCCAUGGAUCUUCAGGUGAGAAGUGCACCAAAGGAUCUUCAGAUGUUCCAUCUUCUGGGGAUAACGUUAUUGAAUCUCUGAGCUUUUCCUCUAUUCAGGACUAUUCGAAGGAAUCAACGAGUCUUUCCUCUAUCAAGGAUAUCUCCAUGAAAUCGUCUGAGAACGUUGAAUAUAGACAUUAUAUUAAGGAAUCGUCGAUUUGUGUAGCGUCCAAUGAAGUACACGCAGACCUAAAUAACGAAGCAUCGAGGCAGUCUAUUACCAUGAAACGCUCAUCCUUUCAGUCGGGAUCUAGAGCAGAUGACUCUAUGUUCCGUAGAGAAUCAACAGCCUCCACUGAUGUCACCACUGAAGAAGAGAAUGACAGGAAGAAAAAGCGUAAGAAGAGGAAACGUUCUGUGUCAUCUAGCAGUAGUAGUGACAGUAGUAGCAGUAGUGAUUCGGAUUCUGAUUCUGAAGAUGAAUCCCAAAAAAAGAAAAGAAAGAAAUCGAAGAAAAAAAAAAAGUCUGAUAAUCGUUCCAGCGAAGAAAGUGACGAAAAAUCUAAAAAGAAGAAAAAGAAGGACAAAAAGCGAAAGAAGAAGAAGAAGGACAAGAAGCAGAAGAAACUCAAGGCGUAGGUUUAUAUUUUUUAGGUGUUGUUAGUGUGCAUUUAUCUAUUUGAAAGUAAUUGAUGACUCCCAUCAUCGUAAUAAUGCAAUUGUUUAAUAUAUUUAUUAGCUAUAACUCGCUAGAUGAAUAGAUUCUGCACUGUUCAGCAAUAUAACUUCCUGGUUUAGGUUGUACUGUUGAGCAAAUGACACAGUGAAUUUUAUAUGAUUUUAUUAUUUUCUCUAAAUCAAUACAUUUUCUUACUAUCGGUAAUUGUUUGUGAU